AGCAUGUAGGCUAGCCGGUUAGCAUGUGGAGGAUGUUGAUGUGAACGUAUUUGGCAUAUCUUGUUACUGAAAGACCUAACUAUAGAUCGACGCCUGUUUCAGUGAACUGUAAUCACUUUUGUCGCUAGGUGGUUGAUCUUGUAAUCGCUUUGGCCUCUCAGUUUUCGUAGAUAUUCGGUCUUUGUGGCUACCAUGUGAUUUGAAUGUCAGCCGGCUUGUUGACGAAUUGACAGUUUUGUUAUCCUUGAAGCGUCUGAUUAGUCUUCCUGACCUGCUAAACCUUGAUUGACAUGGCUGCCAAUGGAGCAAGCUGUGAACAGCCUCAGAAACGCGGAGGAGCUAGAGACAAACAGAAUGGAAAGUCUACAGACUCCUCCUUAAGAGAGCGGCGACAGAGAGAUAAGGAAGAUCGCCUUUCACUGGUGGUAUGGAGACGGCCUAUCACCACACUACACUAUUUCCUUCUGGAGACCCUCAUUAAGCUAAAGGAGUGGACAUUUAAACUUUGGCAACGACGAAGUGCCGUUUUCUUAGUUUUGGUGUUAUGUGCUCUGUUCUCCAUUGCUUACUCCACCGAGGGAGCACAUCAACAAUAUGUUGAGUAUCUGGAGAAGAAGUUCUUGUGGUGCGCUUACUGGGUUGGCCUUGGGAUUCUUUCCUCAGUAGGCCUUGGGACUGGUCUACACACCUUCCUCCUCUAUCUGGGUCCCCACAUAGCAUCAGUUACCCUGGCGGCAUACGAAUGCGGAUCCACAGACUUCCCAGAGCCUCCGUACCCGGACCAGAUUGUCUGUCCCCAAGGUGGAGGAGCAGAGGGAAGCAUUUCCCUCUUCUCAAUCAUGUCAAAGGUUCGCUUGGAAGCGUGCAUGUGGGGUGCAGGCACAGCCAUCGGAGAACUGCCUCCGUAUUUCAUGGCCAGAGCGGCUCGUCAAUCAGGAGCUGAUCCAGAUGAUGAAGACUAUGAGGAGUUUGAGGAGAUGCUGGAGCAGGCCGAGGGUGCUCAGGACUUUGUCACAAGAGCCAAACUGGGCGUCCAGCAUAUGGUGCAGAGAGUGGGAUUUUUUGGGAUAUUGGCUUGUGCCUCUAUCCCUAAUCCUCUCUUCGACCUGGCUGGAAUUACCUGCGGUCAUUUCCUGGUUCCCUUCUGGACAUUCUUUGGAGCUACUCUGAUUGGGAAAGCCAUCAUCAAGAUGCACAUACAGAAACUAUUUGUGAUAAUCACCUUCAGCAAGCACAUAGUGGAGCAGAUGGUGUCCCUCAUUGGGUCUGUGCCCAAAGUGGGACCUGCUCUCCAGAAGCCCUUCAGCCAGUACCUGGAAGCACAGAGGAACAAGCUGCACCAUGCUGGAGGAAGCACACAGGCGGACGAGAACUGGCUUUCUUGGGUCUUUGAGAAGGUGGUGCUGGUCAUGGUCUGCUACUUUGUCAUCUCCAUCGUCAACUCCAUGGCUCAGAGCUACACCAAACGCCUGCAGCAGCAGAGGCACUCAGAGGAGAAGACCAAGUGAUGAUGGCACAAAGUGGUACAAACAUCCAGAAGUGACUCUUUCCUGCUGCUGCUGAGAGAGCCUCCACUCAGCCCCUCACUACUAAACAACCCCUCCACCCUGCCCUGCCCCGCCCCGCCCCGCCCCACCGCCCUCCCAUCCCAUCCAACCCAUUCUUAGAGGCUGAGCGCUCGGGAAACAAAAAAACAGGCACUAUUUGUUGGUGUGUGUGUUUUUGGAGGAUGUCUGUAUUUACUGUUCUACAGGUUUUGUAGUUCUUCCUCUCAUCUCACUCUGUAGUGUGACUGGUUCUCUCUCUGAUCUUAACAUGUUACUUUAAAUUAACCCUUCAUUGACCUCAGAAGUAAAGCAGCGGUUCGGUGGAGACUGCUGUGUUAGGGCAGUGCCCAUCAGAUGCUAUGCCUUAUGCAAGACAGGAGGCUCUCACCUCCCUGAAUACAGUUCUUGACUUAAAACUUGAUUUUUAUUUAAUUUUGUACCAUAAAUGUGUGGAUGGAUCUUGACUCGUCUGUGCUGCCAAGAUAACUGCUCCGGAUGGUCUUUCUUUUCAGGGUUUAGCUUUCCUCAUGUGUUUGUCCUGUUAAAGAAGACUUUUUUUCAUUUAUUUCUGGAAUCGUCUGUUUAAAACAACGGAGAAAAAAGCAAUAUCAACUUAACAGUGUGGUAUUGAUUGUUUGCACAUUGUGUAAAUAUCUUAAUAUCUUUUUGACAGUAUGCGCAGAUGUGUUUCUAUGCUAAUGGUCUGUGUGGACAUGAGUUGACUUGAACCAAAACAACAACAACAAAAAAAAAAAAAAUAUCAUUUGUAAAGUUACAUUGUACUCUCGGCUAACUAGUCCCAUUUCUAUUCUGUACAUUUAGAUUGAACCUUGGAUCGGAUCAUAUAAAAAACAUGUAAAUCAUA